UCCAGACCCCUUCCCGCGUUGCGACGCAAGCCGCCUGGGAAAGGCCGCGCAGCUGAGGUGCGUGGUGGGAGGUGGGCCCUUCGGAGGAAGAACGCGAAGACAGGGUGAGUGAUCUUUGGAGGCAGUAAACGGCACGACCAGGAAGACGAAAUUCCCAAAAGAUCAAGGUCAGUUCGUGCUGUGCAACAGGGCGAUAAGAAAUGAAACCAACAGGUACAGACCCAAGGAUCUUAUCUCUAGCUGCCGAAGUUGCAAACAGUCCUGAGCAGAACGUCCCUAUUAUACUGUUGAAGUUAAAAGAAAUAAUAAACAACACACCUUUAGGAAGCUCAGAGUUGAAGAAAAUAAAACAAGAUAUAUAUUGUUAUGACCUCAUUCAGUAUUGCCUUUUGGUCCUCAGUCAAGAUUGUUCUCGAAUCCAGGGUGGUUGGACUACAAUUUCCCAGCUUACACAGAUAUUAAGUCAUUGCUGUGUGGGCUUGGAGCCAGGAGAAGAUGCAGAGGAAUUUUACAAUGAAUUGCUUCCAUCAGCUGCAGAAAAUUUUCUGGUUUUGGGGAGGCGAUUGCAAACAUGUUUCAUCAAUGCAGCUAAGGGUGAAGAAAAAGAUGAAUUACUACGCUUUUUCCAAAUUGUGACUGAUUCUCUCUUCUGGCUUUUGGGAGGCCAUGUUCAACUCAUCCAAAAUGUACUACAAAGUGAUCAUUUCUUACACUUACUGCAAACUGACAACCUUCAAAUAGGAUCUACAGUCAUGACUAUGCUACAGAACAUACUACAAAUCAACAGGGGUGAUUUACUCCGGAUAGAAGGAAAAACACUACAUUCAAUUUUAGAUGAAGUUGUUUUCAAGCUUUUAUCAACUUCUAGCUCUGUGAUAAGAAGUACUGCUGCAAAGCUUCUACUGCUGAUGACUGAAACCCAUCAGGAAAUUUUGAUUUUACUGAGACUAAGUGCCUGCUACAAAGGACUCAGAAGUCUACGGAAUAAGCAGAAGCCUGGGACAGAGUUUAGUCAAGAACUUGGACAGCUCAUUGCCCUUUUAACCCCAAAGGUCUAUCAGGAAGUAGAAGAACAGAAACUACAUCAAGCAGCUUGCUUGAUUCAAGCUUAUUGGAAGGGUUUCCAAACUAGAAAGAGGUUAAAGAAGCUUCCAUCUGCUGUGAUUACUUUGCAGAGGAGUUUCAGAUCUAAACGAAGCAAGAUCUUACUAAAGCUAAAAAGGCAGAAAGAAGAAGAGGAUCGCAGAUUACAGUUGCACAUUCAAAGACAGAGAGCCAUGAGACUGUCCCGAGAAUUACGGCUGAGUAUGCUUGAAAUAGUUCAUCCAGGUCAGGUGGAAAAACAUAAUCGGGAAAUAGAAGAGAAAUCAGCAUUGAUUAUCCAGAAACACUGGAGAGGGUACAGGGAAAGGAAAAUUUUUCGCCAACAGAGGCCAUCUCUCACGGAGUAUAAAGCAGCUGUCACACUUCAGAGAGCAACUCUUAAAUUCCUAGCAAAGUGUCAUAAGAAAAAGAAACUGUUUGCUCCUUGGCAAGGACUUCAAGACCUCACUGAUGCACGCAGAGUUAAACUGAAGCAACAAGUGGAUGACUAUCUCCAAAGACAUCCGAGCUCUCAGAUGUCAGAUGUGACUAGCAGAGAGCUCCAUUCCCAAGCUCAAGAACAACUGCAACACUACCUUAUGGGCAGGGUCCUAGAAGAGAGAGCCCAGCAGCACAGGGAGGCUCUGAUGGCUCAGAUCAACACCAACAUUGAACAAUUAAUGAAGGCACCAAGUCUGAAGGAAGCAGAAGGGAAGGAACCUGAGCUCUUCCUAAGUAGAUCCAGGCCUGUGGCAGCCAAGGCCAAGCAGGCCCAUCUUACCGCUCUGAAGCAUUUACAGGCACCCUGGUGGAAGAAUCUUGGGGAAGAAGAAGGAGAUGAGAUUGAUGUCCCAAAGGAUGAGCUCAGUGUAGAAUUAGGAACUUUAUUCAUUGGUGGAACCAAACCCCCUUAGGGAGCUACCCAAAGAAAUGACACUUAUUUCAGGAGAUUGUAUUGGUUCUGCCUCUGGCAUACUAGUAGACUAGAGCUAUCCUAACUCAUUUCCCGAAAUUCCUCUCCAGAUAAGAUUUUCAGGCAGUAAACAAGGAGUUACCUUCUACCUCUAUCUCAGUUCUCUUUUUUUUUUUUUCCACAUUACCCACGCCACACACAAAUUAGGAUGGCUUUUAUUGUGGAACUAACCUCAGCAUGGCAUUCUAUUGUUAGAUGAAAUGUGGUAGUUCUUUUGUUUUUGCUGUUUUCCUACUAAACAUGUUUUCUAAAUAAAUAUUUUCAACAAUUCUCAAAAACUUGUCAGGAUUACUUCAACUUUUCACACUUAUUGUUUAGAAUGCAUGUGUUUCUACGAAUAUAAAAAGUAUGUUCUUGGCCUAAUUUAUUAAGAUCAGGAAAAGAAAUGGUCAUUUGAAGGGCACCGCACUAUUUUCUACCAAACAGUGCUUGAACUCAUUUUCUAUCUUGUUAUUUCUAAAAGAACUACAUUAAAAAAAAAA